CGACUCUGCGCACUACACACAAUCGAUAAUCCGAAACACCACCGACAGCAUAUCAUAUCAUAUACACAAUCGUAUACGAAUACAUCGCCAUACAUAAGAAAAUGAUUGCGAGUGGAAAGGCAAUGUUAAUUUCUCAUCUGUCAUUGAGCAUACGAUCUCGGUCAAUUUGCAACGUAUUCGAUAAAAUUGUGCGUCCAUACCAGUCAAUUACAUCAAAUCGUAACAUGUCUCAAAGUGCUGACAGUGUAAACAAAAAAUUCGACUUGCCGGCUCGAUUGCAAGGCAGUACGAAAAGUGUUUGGAAUGAAUACAUUCAAUUGGCGCAGCAGUACAAACCACUGAAUCUUGGUCAAGGAUUCACCGACUAUCCAGUGCCUAGUUACAUAACGAAAGCAAUGGCCACGACUGCGAACAGUGACAACCCCUUACUGCAUCAAUACACUCGAGGGUUCGGCCACUUGAGAUUAGUGCAAGCCAUCAGUAAACUGUACACUAAACUCGUACAACGACCUGUCGAUGCACAAAAUGAAGUUUUGAUUACAUGUGGAGCGUACGAGGCACUGUACUCAGCGAUUCUUGGUCAUGUCGAUGUUGGGGACGAGGUUAUCAUCAUCGAACCAUUUUUCGAUUGCUAUGAACCGAUGGUUAAAAUGGCAGGCGGAAUUCCUCGUUUCAUUCCAUUGAAACCAAAACACAGUAAUGUCACGUCGUCCGCAGACUGGGUGUUGGAUGACGAUGAACUGGAGAAAAUAUUCAACAACAAAACAAAGAUGUUCAUCCUGAACAAUCCAAACAAUCCGUUGGGUAAAGUAUUCACCGCUGCGGAGUUGAGAAAAAUCGCUGACUUGUGUAUCAAAUACAACGUAUUGUGUCUGUCCGAUGAAGUGUACGAGUGGAUGAUAUAUGACAACAAUAAAUUUAUUCGAAUUUGUACGUUGGAUGGUAUGUGGGAUCGAACAAUAACCAUCGGUUCUGCUGGCAAAACAUUUUCGGUGACCGGUUGGAAAAUUGGUUGGGCCUAUGCUGCAGCCAGUUUGAUCGUUAACAUGCAGAUGGUGCAUCAAAAUUCCGUAUUCACAUCAAAUACACCAACGCAGGAAGCAUUAGCGAUUGCAUUCGAAACCGAACUGCCAAGAUUGGGCACAAAGGAAUGCUACUUCGAUUCAUUGCCGGAAGAGCUUCGACUGAAGAGAGAUUUUAUGGCCGAAUUUUUAACGAAAGCUGGAAUGACGGUGACGUUGCCGGAGGGUGGCUAUUUUAUGAUUGCCGAUUGGACACAAUUGGAGAACAAAUGUGAUUUGACCAGUGAGACGGAUGUGCGACGAGAUUAUCGUUUCACGAAAUGGAUGAUAAAGAAUUUAGGACUUCAAGGUAUUCCACCGAGCGCAUUUUACAGUGAGGACCACAAGCAUUUAGGUGAGAACUAUGUUCGUUAUUGCUUCUUUAAGAAAGAUGAAAAUCUACAAAAAGCUUCCGAUAUUUUGUCGAAUUGGAAAUGACCAGUUUAGUUGCUUAGAAAAUCGUCCAAUUCAAUUGGACAAAACAAAAAAUAUUUCGAAUCAACGCAUCCUUCUACUAAACAGCUAGCUAUACUAUGUAUUCAACGGUCGAUUUGUAAAUAUCGAAAAUAUUUGUAAUUUGGAUGGGACUUAGAAUAAAGGAGAUUGCCAAAAGAUUACAA